AUGCCUCAAAGAAUUCCUCGAAACCCGUUUGCCAGUUCUACCACCACCACGGUUACUACGCCGUCAGAUAAACCUGCGCCUAGGAGGCCAUCUACGUCCAAGGGUAACAGACUAGCACAAUUCUUUACUACCUCACCCAAGGGCAAGGAGCAACAGUCUGCACAAGCAGCUCUCCUAUCUGCGGUACAGGCGCAACAGCAAUACCUACUCAACAACCCAUCGCCCCAUAUCAGCGCUCCCUCACUGUCAUUACCGACAAUUUCUCUUUCAACAGCAAAGGCCGGCGAAGCAAAUAUGGAUGAACCACCUACCACGCUUUUUCAACCACCCUCUGUCGCAGAGGCAAACAAACAGGCGAGAAUAGACGCACAGUUCGGUCCUCUCGGAGCCCAAAGCCAUCGCUAUGUUAGCAAGCACAUGGGAGGAGAGCUCGCGGAGCCCAUUAUCGACGAACCGCCCUACUACUACCUCUUAACAACUUAUAUCAGCUACCUUGUCUUAAUAGUCUUUGGACAUGUUAGAGACUUCUUCGGAAAGCGUUUCAAGCCAGACCAUUACAGACACCUCAAGGACGCCAAUGGCUAUGCAGCCUUGAACAGCGAUUUCGACAACUUCUAUGUCCGCAGGCUCAAGUUACGUAUCGACGACUGCUUCGCUCGACCAAUCACAGGAGUUCCGGGUAGAUACAUCACUUUGAUCGACAGGAAAACGAGUGACUUCAACAGAAACUACCAAUUCACUGGCACAUACACCGAAACGUUAAAUAUGAGCUCCUACAAUUAUCUUGGUUUCGCUCAGUCCGAGGGUCCAUGUGCGGAUGCUGUCGAGGAAACCAUUAAGAAGUAUGGAAUCAGUGCCGUAAGCCCUCGAGCUGAUUGUGGAACUACUGAUCUGGCCUUGGAGGUUGAAGACAAGAUUGCAAAGUUUGUUGGUAAGCCAUCGGCCAUGGUUUUCUCUAUGGGAUUCGCUACAAAUGCUUCCUCGUUCCCUGCAUUGGUUAGCAAGGGAUCGCUCAUUAUCUCUGAUGAGUUGAACCACGCCUCUAUCCGUGUUGGAGCUCGUCUGUCAGGCGCAAUGAUUACCUCAUUCAAACACAACGAUAUGGCUGAUCUUGAGAAAACCUUGCGUGAGGCCAUUUCCCAAGGACAACCUCGCACUCACCGCCCGUGGAAGAAGAUUCUCCUGGUUGUUGAGGGUCUGUACUCUAUGGAAGGAACGAUGUGUGACCUGCCCGGCAUACUCAAGCUCAAGAAGAGAUAUAAGUUCCAUCUGUUUGUUGACGAAGCCCACUCUAUUGGCGCGCUUGGUCCUCGUGGCCGCGGUGUCUGCGAUUACUUCGGCAUUGAUCCCGCAGAGAUUGAUAUCCUUAUGGGAACAUUGACAAAGUCCUUUGGCGCCAAUGGCGGUUACGUUGCUGCCGACAAGCACAUCAUCGACAAGCUUCGUGCUACGAAUGCAGCUACCAUUUACGGAGAAUCACCUACGCCUCCCGUCCUCAUGCAAAUUCUUAGUGCCCUCAAAAUCAUCAAUGGCGAUAUUGUUCCCGGACAAGGUGAAGAGCGUCUCCAACGUAUUACUUUCAACUCGAGAUAUCUCCGCCUGGGAUUGAAGCGUCUCGGAUUCAUUGUGUAUGGUCAUGAUGACUCUCCGAUUAUCCCCAUCGUUCUGUACAACCCUGCCAAGAUGCCAGCCUUCUCCCACGAAAUGCUCCGCCGCAAGAUCUCCGUCGUCAUUGUCGGAUACCCCGCUACUCCACUCGUCUCUUCCCGCGCUCGUUUCUGUGUCUCUGCUGCUCACAACAAGGAUGACAUGGACCGUGUCCUCGCAGCAUGUGAUGAGAUCGGAAACGUCCUCCAGCUUAAGUUCUCCACCGGUGUAGCCGGCGGGGCGGAACACCUCCCAGAUGGUGUGACCCCAGAAAUGGAAAAGGAGUGGCAGAAGGCAAACGGUCUGCAAGGGAUCGUCACCCCACCCCGCUGGACACUUAGAGAGGUCAUUGCAAAUGGUGUGGCGGACGUCAAGCAGCCUUUACGGUAA